CCAAGCGGGUGACCGGCGUGGGCUUUGCCAAGGGGCGGGGGCGGGAUUUUAAAAUGCCUGGCACGGGUUUGGCUGGGAUGGGAUGAAGCGAAGGGACUCUGCCCCUUGACCCUUUGCCAACCCCCAGCCGGAGUGAUACCGACUCAGCGCGACCCUGUGGGACCGAACAGAACUGCCCGUAUCAUUCCCAAGUCCGUCAGCAUUAUGGACCUAUCUUUCUCUUGGGCUCCGAUCUUGGUUAACUGCCCAGCGCUUUAACCACUGUACCACCAAGGGGUUGUUUUGGCCAUUGAGAGCUGCUCGGGAAACCCCCGCAGCUUGGGCCACUGAGGCAGGAUCCCCUUGGAUGGGAGAUGGGGACUUUCCGUGGUGUUAGGAGGCAGAGCAUGCUGGGACUCGCCCUGGAGGUUGCCAUUCCAGACCCAGACCAGACCGACCCUCCGGGCGCUUCCAGCAUGCAGGGUUCCCAAGACCACAGCUCACUGCGGACAGAGAAAGAGAAGCGUGCCUCUCCAUGCCUUCCUGCGGAAGCAUGCCAACAAUCCGUUUGGGCAGCCUGGAGAUGUCAUUCUGAGACAGCCGUCUGUCUUAGCCCACUUGUUAACAGGCCAGGAGGGGCCUGGUGCGCGUGGAAUUCCAAAGGGAGCCAGACGGUGCCCCGCAGCCUUGAGAUGGCAGCAAAGACCAAGAAGGGAUUAAAAGGCUCCAUCGAUGACGUCCUGGGUGACCUCUUGGGGGAUGACACCACCCUUCCUGAGAAGCCCGUCAAGCUAGCCCCUCGCGCCAGCAACGCCCCAGGCGGGUCUCAGCCACUGCCUUCGAGGGCUAGAACAAAGUCCCUGCUGGAAGACGAUUUCUUCGGCACCAUGGCUGGCCUGGCGGGAGCUGAUGCAGAGGUUUCAGACGUCUCGGACGCAGACCCGCAAGCCAUGCUCCAGGGCUUGAAGGACAUGGACGACAUGGAUGCCGACCUCCUGGGUCUGAAGAAGCCCAGCCCAGCCUCAAGCAAAACUGCUGCAAAGGCCUCUGGGAAAGAAGAGCCACCUGCCAUGCCCAGGCCGGCCCCCGGGGAGAAGGGAGAUGCUGCUCCCCUCAAGAAGCCACCUCCCGGCCCCGGCAGCGGAGGCGGCAGCAACAGCUUCGGAGCUCAGCACAGGAAGUUCCCCUUCGAAGGUACUGAAGACCCGCUGGCCGGACUGCUCUCGGAUGAGGAGGAAGACGUGGCCAAGCAGCUGCCCAGGCCCGAGCACAAGGCGGCCCCUGCCCGGAGCCCCAGCCCUGCCAAAGACCGAGGCCCCUCUGUCCCCCUAACUCCUGGCGACACCCCCGUCCGGAAGAAAGACGAGCUGAUGUUCGACGACGGGGAUGACCUCAUGGCCGCCCUGGGGUUUGGAGACAACCCCAAAGUGGAGAGGGGCCAGGCUGGGGACCAGGAGGGGCCCCGCCCCGCUCGCUCCAAGCUUGAUGAGCUGCUGGGCCGAGGCACCUCUGCCAGGCUGCUGAUGCGCCCAGGUACGGGCGAGCACCGCGAGUUCACACUGGACAGGAAGUACCAGCGGCCACAGGACAAAGAUGACGCCUGGGGUGAUGAGGACUUCUCCUUUGGGGCCUACCAGCCUACCGUGGGUUCCUCGGAGGGCAGCCAGUCCCGCAGGCAGUCCGUCAGUAGAUUCCUAGCAGAAAGCGGCUCCAACCCCAAAGGUGGCCUGGGCUCCCGGCAGAACACGCCAGCCACCCCUAGCCCCGCCCAGCCGAAGAAGGGAGGUGCCGCCUGGCUGGGCCUCAAGGACGAUGAGGACUUGGACCUACUCCCCUCCUCGCCCACCCGAGAGGCCCGGAGGGGCGACUCCGAGCUCUCUGUACCACCUCCUGCCAGCCAGCACCCAGCUCCUGGACCCCACUCAGCCCCGGCCAGAUUGCCCGGCUCCAGGGCAAGGCCACCUGAGGGGGUCGGUUCUCCCCCCAAAGCCAACCAGGCCCCCAAGCCAGGAGUAUCAGAGGAGAAAGAUGAGGGGGACUGGCUGAGCCACGCCUUGUCUCGGAAGAAAUUCCAAGGUCCCGUCAGAGAGGAACAGGCUGGGGCCUCCCAGGCCCGGACCUCGGCGGGCACUGAGGACCACCCCCCACCUGGCAGCCGACCUGCUGCCCGUGCCCCAGGGACUGAGCAGGCAGCUCCUGGACAGACCCCGGGGACAGCAGCACAGGACACCGUGUCGGCGGCGGCCAGGCCAGGAGAGUUGAGGUCCCCUGUGACUAGGAUUCAAGCUGCCUCAACCACCCCUACAGCCAACCUGAAGAGCAGACCGGCCCCCGGAGUGCCCUCUGCCCCUGAACCUGCACUUCAGUUCCCGAGAUUCCAGGAGGUACCUGUCCAGUCCCUGCUCCCUGAUCCCCUGCCACUGAGCGCCAAGUGCCAAAGGCAGCUCCAGGCAGCACAGGCACAGCUGCAGGACGGCACCGGCGAGCUCCAGGCUGCACUGCUGCACAGCCAGGCACGGCUCGCCGAGCUGGAGACCCAGGUGCGGAAGCUGGAGCUGGAGCGGAGCCAGCACGAGCUGCUGCUGGAGAGUAUGCAGAAGCGCCACCAGGCCGACCUGGAGCUCAUCGAGGGCGCGCACAGGAGCCGCGUCCAGGUGUUGGAAACCUCCUACCAGCAGCGGGAGGAGCGGCUACGGAGGGAGAACGAGGAGCUGUCGGUUCAGUACCUGGCUCACUGCCGGGAAGCCGAGCUGGCCCGCACCGAGCUGACCGCCCAACACCAGCGGCGCCUGGCCGCUGCCACGCAGGAGAAGGACCAGGAGAUGGAGCUGCUGCGUGAUCUGCAGCGGGCGUCCAUUGUGGAGAUGCACAAGGACCACGAGGAGCAGCUGCAGCGGCUAAAGCUGCUGAAGGACCGCGAGAUCGAUGCUGUCACCAGCGCCACCUCCCACACCAGGUCGCUGAACGGCGUCAUCGAGCAGAUGGAGAAGUUCUCCAGCAGCCUGCAAGAGCUGUCCUCACGCGUGGAGGCCUCGCACCUCACCACCUCCCAGGAGCGGGAACUGGGGGCCCGGCAGCAGGAAGAACAGGCCGAGCUCAAGGUCCGGGCCGGCGAGCUCAGGGCCAAGGAGGAACAGCUGGCGGCUGAGCGCGAGGCGCUGGAGCGGGAGCGGCAGGAGCUGCGGCUGGAGAAGGAGCGGGUCAAUGCGGCCGCACUGCGGGUCCGGCUCCGCGCCGAGGAGGUGGAGCGCAUGAGCCAGGUGGCCUCGGAGAAGUUCGAGGCCGGGGAGCGGGCACUGUGCGAGGCCCGGCAGGUGCAGUCGGAGCAGCAGGCGCGCCUCCAGCGGGUGCAGCAGCAGCAGGAGCGGCUGCGGCAGCAGGAACAGCACAUGCACCAGGAACAGCUGAGCCUGGCCCAGCAGAGGUUGCAGCUGGACCGUGUUCGGCAGGACCUGCCCUCUGGCCUCGCGGGGAUAUUCCCCCGGCUGCAGGCUCCAGCGGCCCCCAGCCUGAGCGCUGCCGGCCCUGCUGCUACCGCCAGCCCUUGGUGCAGCCAGCUGCCACCGGCGACUGGCCUGGUCCCCUCACACUUCCACGCCAAGCUGGUGCUGCUGAAACACACGGCCGAGCAGGACCGAGACUUCUUGGAGAAUGAACAGUUCUUCCUAGAAACGCUGAAAAGAGCGCCCUAUAAUAUGACGUCACACUCGGCCUGAGAGGCGGGUGCCCUGGCCGCCCCCAACCUAGGGUGUAGGCCUUGGCCUCUCACCCACUGCCACUGGCAGCCAGCUGGACAGGAAUGGUGCUGCCUCCCCCGGAGCCCAGGGAAAGUUCCAGAUGCAUGCCCAGGCCCGAUUACAGCUCUUCCUCUGA